CCGCGCGAACAAGAAUCUUUACCCGCUCCACUUCCGAGCUGAGUCUUUCAUCACUCCCACUCCCUCUCCACUCCCCCUGCUUCGCCACUUUCCCCACCUUCGCCGCUUCCUCUCGGAGUCGAAACCCUAGCCAACCAGCUCGAUGGCCUGGGCGGCGGCUACGGCUGCGGCUCUGGUGGUUGCGGCGGCGGUGCUGUCGCCGGCCUCCGUGGCGUCGGCGUCCAACGCGGAGGGCGACGCGCUGUACGCGCUGCGGCGCGCGCUCAAGGACCCCCGGGGCGUGCUCCAGAGCUGGGACCCCACCCUCGUCAACCCCUGCACCUGGUUCCACGUCACCUGCAACCGCGACAACCGCGUCACCCGCGUGGAUUUGGGUAACUCCAAUUUGUCAGGCAAUCUUGUUCCUGAACUGGGGCACCUUGAGCACUUGCAAUAUCUAGAACUCUACAAAAACAAUAUUCAGAGCACUAUCCCAGCUGAGCUUGGGAAUCUGAAGAGCCUUAUCAGCUUGGACCUGUAUAACAACAACAUUACAGGGAACAUACCAAGGGAACUUGGCAUGAUGAAAUUUUUAGUAUUCCUGCGACUUAAUGACAACCAUUUGACGGGUCCAGUUCCAAGGGAACUGACAAAAAUCUCUAGCCUCAAAGUGAUAGACGUCUCAAACAAUGAUCUUUGCGGCACAAUCCCAACUAGUGGGCCUUUUGAGCACAUACCAUUGAGCAACUUUGACAAUAAUCCAAGAAUGGAAGGCCCGGAGUUGCAAGGGCUUGCAACGUAUGACACAAACUGCUGAAGUGGCAAGCAGCUCUCGUCGCUCACACAACAGAUGUCAGCGGAUCAAAACUUCAUCAGAGCAUCUUGUAGAGAAGCAUGUCUGGUAGCUUGUAGCAGUGCUUGCUCGUAAAAAGCAGGGCAGCCCUCUCUGUGUAGAUAGUGUUUAUUAGUAGCUUGUAGCACUCUGUUGAAACCUCUUGGACUGAUGGUCCAAUGUACUGAAAAUGUCACGUACUGUAUGGUUGGUCGAUGAACUGGAACCGUGGAAAUAUUUACUUACCAUUUUCACCUAAUGUUUGAUGAUCUUCACCUCA